UUUCUGCACAUUGCGCAAUUCAAUCGGUAAUGGUUAAACGAGUCGUGUGAUAAAAAGUGACGUGUUCGAAUAACACGCUUUCAAGAAAUUUCCUAGUAGCGUAGUCACGAUCAUUAGUGAUUAUCGGCACUUGCAAAGCGUUUAUAAGCGUUGUUGCGCAAAAUAUAGUGUCAGUGCUUUAUUGUAUUGUCAUAUUUUUCCUGAUUUUUUACAAGUAGCGAAAAAAAUGUCUUUCAUUUCGCCCAUGCCCAGUGAGCAAUUUCUUUGGGAUGUAUUCCAAAGAGUGGAUAAGGACAGAUCUGGAACAAUUACUGCAGACGAAUUACAACAGGCUCUCUCGAAUGGUACAUGGACACCGUUUAACCCAGAAACAGUUCGUUUAAUGAUUGGUAUGUUUGACACUGACAAAACCGAUCCUGCCACAGGUAUGUUUGACAAGCAUCAAAAGGGUACAGUCAGUUUCCAAGAAUUUGGAGCAUUGUGGAAGUAUGUUACUGACUGGGAGGGUUGUUUUCGAUCAUUUGAUCGCGAUAAUAGCGGCAACAUUGAUCGCAAUGAAUUGAAGACAGCUCUCAUAAACUUUGGAUAUCGACUAAGCGAUUACAUAAUUGACAUGCUCAUACGAAAAUAUGAUCGUGCUGGACAUGGUACAAUAUACUUUGAUGAUUUCAUACAAUGCUGCGUGGUUCUACAUGUCUUCAUUCAUAGAUAUGUUUAAGAGGAUGCUGAAGUCAUAUUGUUACCGACCAAAACUUCAAUUUUCUAAAAAAGGUGGCGUUUUUUAU